CAGCAGGUCACCCGGGAGCGUGCGUGUGUGGCCGUGUUGUCGGUGCGCUGUGUCUGUACGGUGCGGUCGCGAUCGUGUGGUGCGCUCUACCAGACAAUGGAUAACGGCGGCGGGGCCGCGCUCGAGGAUAUCGACUGCAAGAUCGUGCUCGUGGGUGACUCCAAGUGUGGCAAGACGGCGCUCGUCGAGAGAUUCGUCUCGGACAAGUUUGUCGAGGUGUACACACCGACUGGCUUCGAGAAGUAUGGCUCGACGUACAACGUGGCGGACUAUAGGAUACACUUUGCCGUGUGGGACACGUCUGGCUCACCGGCUUACGACACUGUGCGACCACUGGCCUACCAGGACGCCAAGGUGUUCCUACUCUGCUUCAGGGUCAGUGACCCAGACUCCCUCGACAAUGCCGUCAACAAGUGGUACCCUGAGAUCCGGCAACACUGCGAUAAUACACCGGUGAUCCUGUGUGGCUGCCAGAGUGACCUCCGCACAGACCCUACCACCGUCUCCAGCCUCGCCAAGCAGAGGCGCACACCUGUCUCCUCUGAACAGGCAGUGUCAGUUAGCCGGACAAUCGGUGCGACGACCUAUGUGGAGACAUCUGCAAAAGGCGCGAUCAAGGCAGUGCGAGAUGCCUUUGAAGUUGCAGCACUGGCAGCCCUAGGCAAGCUGAACAAGAACCAUGCACUGAUGCUCCAGCAGCGUGCCAAGGGGCACCCCUGCAAGAGCAAGCUGGACCUCCGUGCUGAGCUCAAGGGCCGUGCCAAGAGCUGCUGCCUCAUGUGAUGGUUCGCCAGAGGCGAGCCCACCCGCCCGUCCACCUCAUGCUCGCCACCCGAGGGAGACCUGCACAACACAAACUUCUGAACGAUCAUCUCUGUUUGCAGGUCCAGUGUUCGGCCAAAGAAAUGAAACUAACGUAACCACCCCUCUGGGAGAAGCACACUGAGACCUGCUUCUCAAAGGUGCAAUCUGUAGGAGAUGAACCUCUGAACAAUAGUCUUUGUUGAUAGCAUGUGUAUUUGGCCAAAGACAUGAAACUGAUAUAACACACUGGAGCGUGACACACUAGAUACCUCUUCUUCAAUGGACCCUGAUCUCAUUUCCAGUCAGGUCUGCAGUCAGCCUGCCAAAAAGGAAAUGAGAACUAUAAAGCUGUAAGAACUUGAACUGUAUCCUAUGUAGCAUUGUUGUUACUUCAAGGAGGAUUGCCCACUUGUACUUAGACUCCUGGGGUCUAUCUGCCACUGUGCUGUAAACAAUAUAUGUCAAUAUUAUGUUUCUCCAGAGAUGACCCAUUCCUCCAAUCUCUAGCCUCUCUCAAUCAAGAUUGUUUCACCAACAUAGGCAUCUCUAGCUUUCUGGAGCAAACUAUCGACUUAGGGGUGUCUGGAAUCAUAAAAACCACGAUUACAUGACCAUUCAUCAAUGCCUGGCUGCGUAUGCAAAGUAAAGAUCCAGUUAUAUUGCUACUCAUCUGGCAAUGAAAACCAUUCAGGACACCACGUUUUGGCGUCCUAUUAUUCAUCAUGUGUCUGUUGUUUCACAAAAAUAUGGCACUUUGUAUCCACAAAACAUCAUUUAAAUUAAAAUAUUUACAUUUCUUUGUUAUCUUCUCUCAGUAGAAAAUCUGCGUAAAUAUUUUUUGUAUAUUAUUUCAAUUCUAAGGAAAAUAUCUGCGAUAAUAAUUAAGUACUUGCAACAGAACAAUGUACAAUUUAUCUAUAAAUGGAAUGUAACAUUUUAGGAACUGAUCUGCUUCAGAUCUUGACACAAUAGCAACCACACUGCUAGUCUGAGCAGCGAGUUCAUUAAUUUUGAGCCCACACCAUCAUUGGUCUCUACUGACACUGUCGAAGAAAUGUCGUAAUUUUGAUAUU